UUUCCCGAGGAGCCAAGUGCCUGAGCGGCACGGGCGAGAGUUGGAGCGAAGGCAAGAUGGCGGACGUACUUGAUCUUCAUGAGGCCGGGGGCGAGGAUUUCGCCAUGGAUGAGGAUGGGGACGAGAGCAUCCACAAACUGAAAGAAAAAGCGAAGAAACGGAAGGGCCGUGGCUUUGGCUCCGAAGAGGGGUCUCGAGCACGGAUGCGUGAGGAUUAUGACAGCGUGGAGCAGGACGGCGAUGAACCCGGACCACAACGCUCUGUUGAAGGUUGGAUUCUCUUUGUCACUGGAGUCCAUGAGGAAGCCACGGAAGAAGACAUCCAUGAUAAAUUUGCAGAGUAUGGAGAAAUAAAAAAUAUCCACCUCAAUCUGGACAGACGUACAGGAUAUCUAAAGGGGUAUACUCUAGUUGAGUAUGAAACAUACAAGGAGGCCCAGGCUGCUAUGGAGGGACUCAAUGGCCAGGAUUUGAUGGGACAGCCAAUCAGUGUGGACUGGUGUUUUGUUCGGGGUCCACCCAAGGGCAAGAGGAGAGGUGGCCGAAGACGCAGCAGGAGUCCAGAUCGGAGACGUCGCUGAUCCGCCCUCUGUUGUUCAGGUGUUCUCUGCAGAGAUUCCAUCUGCCCAUGCAGAUGGUGAAACCUUUGAGAAACAGGGCUUGGGUGGAACUCACUGUGUUUAUAUUUAAUCUCUUACCCUGUUUAGUGUUUCUUUUGAAUUAUGAAUAAAUGUCCAAUUUUUGUUUUCUAAAA